GGAAGAAGAAGCAGGAGUAGAAGAAGAGGGAAAUGAAGAAGAGAAAAGGAGAAAAGGAGAAGGAGGAGGAGUAGAAGAAGAAGAAGCAGAAGGGCAUCGAGCUCCAUCGCCAUCGCUACUACUACCUCUACUUCUUCUACUUCUACUACUUCUAUUACUACUACUCUGCUGUCUGCCAUGCAGCAUUAAUCAAGCAGUAGUGCUCUACUCUGCACACUCUAAUCCCGACUCUGCUCUGCUCUGCUCCGAUCUACUCUGCUCUGGUUGGGGGGGUUGGGCACAACAAGCAAGCAAGCGAGCGUGAUCGGCGCUGUGGGGGAAUCAUCCCUUGAUGACAUUCCUUUCCUACUCGGACGAUGAGUUUUGGGUUCUAUCGCAAAGCAUCGCGGGAGGUUGGAUGAGGGCACACUGAGGAGGGUGGCGGGCGAGCUCAUCGCUGUGGGAUUCCUGCUGGUUGUUUGAGGCUCUUCGUGUGAUGGUGACCUACAUUUGCUGCAUACUCCGAGCUGAGCAGGGUCGGUGAUUUUGGGGUCGCUGUAGAUAGAACUAUUAUGGUUGUCCCUUCCUGAAUGGCGACCGAUUUCUUCAAGCUUUUCACCUUAUCUUGGAAGGAAUUGAACUUCUAUUUGGAGCUAAACGGUAAUUGGAGUUCGAUAUGGCAGACUUAAAUUCGUGGGCAAUGGAUAGUUUAAGUGGUUUGAACGAUGUUCGAAAAGAUACCCCUAUGGAAGACUUCGAAGAUCUAGACGUUCUGGAAGAGGAAUUAUCUCAUGUAAACCCACCCGCCAAUGACCUUGAGGGGUUUGAAGAUGAUGCGCCUCGUGCAAGCUCCCCCAUUGUCAUUGAUGAUUUUGAGCCCACACAGAUGCAAAUUGACCCUACUGCAAAUUUCGAUCCUCCAGAGCUGAAAUAUGUGAAAGAGGAGCCUAUAGUGGAACGGGUCGACUGUGGCGGUAAGAAGAGAAUGACCGAACAGGAAGAAGAAGAAGAAGCGCGCUGGGCUGUUGCGAAGAUGUUCUUUGAUCAUAGAAGUCUGGUGGAAAACCAGCUACAGAGCUUUAAUCAAUUUUUGGGAAAGGAAAUGCAACAAAUGUUCAAAGAAGCUCUGCCAGUUGAGGUUGUACCAGAUCAUAGUCCGGCUUCAGUGAGGAUCUCAGGGCUACCAAGGUAUGCCCGGUUUUGGUAUGGUGCAGUUACCGUUGGAACACCGGAUACAUUCACAGAUGAUGAGAAGAAGGUGACUAAAGUUCUGUAUCCCAGAGAGGCGCGUCUUCGAAACAUGACCUACUCCGCACCAAUUAAUCUUGAGAUAAAUCUGGAGAUUUACCAAACACAUGUGAAGUCGAAUCAGCAAGAGAAGGUAGUGCUUCAGACAAUGAGUGAGGAUGUCUGCAUUGGUAGGAUACCAAUUAUGGUUAAAAGCAAAUACUGCAAUCUUUCCGGGUUGGCUGACACGAAAUUGAAGAGGAAGGAAGAGUGCGCUUUUGACAUUGGUGGAUACUUUAUUAUCAAAGGUUCUGAAAAGGUGCUAAUCGCGCAGGAGGAAAGAUGUGAUCAGCGAGUUUACGUACAGUAUUUUAAAAAAAAAAACACCUGGUUAGCCACAUGUGCCCCUUCGCAUAAGGGAUUCUUCAAUUAUCGUAGCAAGUCACCAGUGAGGCUUGUCACUGAUAAAAACAUGUCAACUCUCGAUAUGACCCUCCCUCGUGUAUCAGUCCCAAUUCCUGCUGUAAUUAUCAUGAGGGCAUUGGGUUUUUGCUCAGAUAAGGAGUUCAUGGAGAUGGUGUGCUACGAUUUAUCUGACCUGCACUUGAUGGAGCUGAUUCGACCAUCUAUUCUAGCUGCGGAUGAGUACAUGGUCAAGUUCUUGAAGUCAAAGAACUCGACAUCCAAGACGGCAAUGCAAGCCGUGCGCCAACAGGACAAUGCUUUGGCUUAUAUUGGUUCAAAGAUGACAAACAAUGUCAAACCUGAUGAGGAGUGUGGUAGAGAUGUUCUUAACCUCAUGUUCCAUCACAUUGGGCAGGGUUAUAAGCAGAAGGCGUAUUUUUUGGGGUACAUGAUUCGUCAAAUAUGUUUGGCACGCUUAGGUCGAUGUCCUGAAGAUGAUAAGGAGCACUACAAGAAUAAACGUCUCGAUCUUGCGGGUCAACUCUUGCGACACCAGUUUCGAGCAGCAAUGGCACAUCUCCAGCGGGACAUGCAGAAACAGUUGCAGAAGCACCUGGGCAAAGAGGACAGCUUAGGCUCGAUAAAAACCUUCGUCCAGGAGUCUAUAAUCACUAAAAACCUGCAAGGUGCUUUUACUCUGGGAAAUUGGAAUACUAGUGAAGGUCAACGUAGCUCGGGUGUUGUUGGUGAUAUCAAGAGGACGAACACUAUUGCAAUGAUAUCACAUCUACGCCAGCUUCGGCUGAACCUGCCCCCGAAGAGCAGACCUACUGAGUCUGCGCGUCAUCCGAACUUCUCAUACUGGGCAAGAGUGUGCCCUGUACAGACAACUGAUGGAGAUGAUUGUGGACUGGUUAAGAAUAUUUCACUCACAGGAAUCCUGAGUUCCAACACAGAGGAAGAACCACUGAUGGCUAUUCUUUUGGAUCACGGGAUGCGAUAUUUGGAAGAGAUACUACCGUCUUCAUUGGCUGACACUGACAAGGUUUUCCUGAAUGGCAAAUGGGUCGGCACAUUAGAUAACUCCCAAGAUCUUGUGAAUAUACUUAGAGCACACAGGCGAAAAGGAGCCGUUCAUGAGGAGACGGAAGUUGUGAAGGAUGACCAUCUAAAAGAGGUCCGUAUCUACACAGAUGGUGGGCGAAUCUUGCGGCCACUCCUCGUGGUGCAAAAUCAAUGCCUGGUGCUAUCUAAACGCCAUCUGAAGAAGAUCAACAUGGAUAUGAAAACUGGAAAAACUGCGAAAGAAUGUUGGCAGGCGUUGCUUGCAGAUGGUGUUGUAGAAUAUCUCGGAGUGGAGGAAGAGGAGGGAGCAAUGGUUGCAUUGGGAUCUGAUGACUUAGCGAAGGCUCGUGGUUGUGAUGGUGCUCUUGUUUACUCGCACUGUGAGAUCGAUUCGUCAUACUUGAUGGGGCUAGGUGCCUCCACAAUACCUUUCUUGGAACACAAUCAGGCUUCUAGAAACCUGUUUCAGUCCGACAAACACUGCAAACAAGCUAUUGGCUUGUAUACGACAAACUUCCAGUCGAGAGCUGAUGCUAGUGCCAGCCAUUUGUUUUAUCCUCAGAAACCGUUGGUGACGACGCGAGCUGCCAGCAUAUUGCAAAAACCCGAGCUUUAUAGUGGCCAGACGGUAAUUGUAGCUAUUUUAUGCUACGGCUAUAAUCAGGAAGAUUCAAUAGUUAUGAACCAAGCCUCUGUUGAUCGAGGCCUGUUCAGAUCUGCACAUUAUAAGACUUACAAGGGUGAAGAGAAGAAAAACAUACAGGAGCAGUUUUCCAAGCCAAGCACCUCUGAUGUGAAAGGGUGGUACAAUAAGAGCUUGGACAAAGUAGAAGGCGAUGGAUUUCCUUGUUUAGGGGAGAAACUUGUGAAAGGUGAUAUCGUAAUUGGGAAGGUAACGUCAGAGGUACAUAACCCAAGACAGGUGGACAGUAGUACACACCUCAAAGUACAUCAGAAGGGGCACGUGGAUCAAGUUAUGCUCAGUUCUGAGGAAGAUGGACACCGGAUAGCUAAAGUUCGACUUCGGGUGACUCGAGCUCCACAGGCAGGUGACAAGUUUUCAAGUAUGCAUGGGCAGAAGGGAGUCAUUGGGGCUCUUUUUCCUCAAGAGGACUUGCCUUUCACGCAGCAAGGAAUUGUUCCAGAUAUCAUUAUGAACCCUCAUGCUCUUCCGAGCAGGCAAACUGUGGGUCAGAUAUUGGAGUGCUUGCUUGGCAAGGCCAUAGCUGCGAGCGGAAAGCGCCGGUAUGCAAUACCUUUCUCUGGAAUUGACAACGCGGAGGCCAUAAAUCAGUACUUACACGAAGCAAAGCUUGCAAGAGGGGGUUGUGAAUUUAUGUCCAACGGUACAACUGGUCAGAGAUUGAAAGUUUUAGUUACGAUAGGGCCGACUUUUUACCAGAGACUUGAGCAUAUGGCUGAGGACAAAAUCAAGUACAGGGGUAACACGGGACCCGUGAACUUACUCACACGACAACCCGUGAAAGAUCGGAACUCUCUUGGAGGAUUGAAAUUCGGCGAGAUGGAGCGAGAUUGCAUGCUUGGACACGGAGCCUCAGCAACAUUGCGGGAGAGAUACUUCUUGCUUAGUGAUCCUUACAAAAUGUACAUAUGUCAAUCAUGUCGAAGGCCUGCAACAAUGGACUCUUCCCGAAUUCCCAAGUGCCAGUUUUGUAAGAAUGGUAAACGCAUUGUUCAGGUUCAGAUCCCUUAUGCAUGUAAGCUGCUUUGGCAAGAGCUCUUGAGCAUGGGCAUUUGUGUCUACAUGGACACCAAAAAAUGCUAGACCUGCCAGAUGUAUCAUCAUUGUAAAUGUACUAGUCCUGCUUGUUUUCAAAUUUCUGCGUACUGGAAUGAUAAAUUUUUGUGCUUUUUCUUUUUGAA